AUGGUUAAGUCAAUGGAGCGUGUGAAGCAUCGUUUUUACUGGGUUGGAUGGAGACGGGACGUUUCUCGCUUUGUUUCAUACUGUGAGGCAUGUAAUGUCAUCAAACGCCCACACAAGAAGAUACCAGUCCCUCUGACACAGCAGCUUUUCGAGAAGCUUGGUGUUUCCCGUAGCCUCACGACGCCGUACAACCCCAAGAGGAAUGGGCUUGUUGAAAACUUUAAUAAGAUUUUAAAGAGCAUGCCGAAGACGUUUGUUUAUGACCAUAAGGAAAGUACAGGACAAUGGGAUGUCAUGUUGCCAAUCUUUCUUAUGGCGUACAGGUCAUCAGUACAUGGUAGUACCGGAGAGACUCCCCACUUCAUGCUAACUGGACGAGAGAUGAAGGUGCCGAUAGACCUGCUGUACACGAAGCCGUCUGAAGACAUGACGUUUAUUCCAAUCUACGUCAGGCAGCUAGACGAUAGGCUCAACAAGGCAUAUGCUCUAGUAAGGAAUAACCUGAAAUCGGUUCAGCGGAUUCAGAAGAAAAGAUACGAGACCAAUAGUCCCGAGUAUAGAUCACUGAAGGAGGGCAACUUUGUUUGGUACUAUAACCCGAGAAAGGCGUUUAAAGGAGAUAAGCACUUACCAUGGAAGGGACCCUAUUUGGUUAAAGGUAUCCAGGAGGAUUUUACUGUGACCAUACAGUUGAAUCCAGAGGGAGAAUUGUACAGGACUCAUGCCGACAAGUUGCGAAUAGCACAGGGUGUUGACAUGGAAAAGUGGAUGUGCAAUGUGUUCUGA